AUGAGCGCCAACGGUCUCAGGGUGCAGAUCGCAUCCUACAACGCUAACCUGGCAGGAGCCGAAAAGACUCGUCAUGAUCUCACACCGUGGCUCAUCCCCACCGCCGAGCAGAGGCCAGUGGCGCCGAAAUCUUCCAAGCCUUUGACCAACAGCAACGUUCUCGAGGCAGACGCAUACAAGUCUAGAAACACAAAAACUCUCUCCACUCACCCCUCACUGCCACGCGAAGCACCCGAUUUUUACGCCGUGGGCUUCCAAGAGCUCCUGCCACUGCACACUGGUCUUUCUGGCUCGGGAGACUCCGCGCUCUACAACACGGAUUUGGACAUUCGCAGGACCAUCCGCCCUCACCAAGCAGUUGUUUCUGGCUCGGGCCUGUAUGCCAGCUUGGAGGAAGGAGGUGGACCCGAGGGCUACCCUCUUCUGUGCAGAGUGGAUCUGGUCGGCAUAGCGCUGUAUGUCUACGCCCGCGAACGAGCUCCCUUUUCCAUCUCUAAAGCCACAACCACCAAUACCAAGAGUGCCGCACAUCGCGUCAAGGAGAUUCGCACCGCUAAGGUCGGGACUGGCAUUGCCGGCGUCAUGGGCAACAAAGGCGCUGUCGGUGCGCGCAUCGUCGUCGCUGCCGCCGACGGCAAAGGUGCUGACGAAGUCCUGACCUUUGUCAGCGCCCACUUGGCGGCUCACGACCACAAUGUGCUCAGACGCAAUAAAGACUGGCAGCAGAUCGUGCAAAGGAUGGUGUUCGAAUCUUCCUCAAUCGAAAAACUUCCCGUCCUUCAAGCUCCUACCCAGAAACCUCUGAAUCCCAACGACCUCGACGGACUCAAGCAGCAGCACGAGAUGGUCACUUCUGGUAAAGCUGCCAAAAAGACAACCGCACUCGACAAGAACAGCUACACGGUCUACGACUCCACGCAUCUCUUUGUGUUUGGCGAUCUCAACCACCGCAUCGCUUUGGGUAAGAGUGAGCUCGCGAGUGAAAAAGCCGCUCCUGAGCUCACAAAGGACUCGCUCGCCAAAGCACUCGAGGUCGGAGACUGGUCGCUGCUCGCGCAGCACGAUCAGCUGACUCACCAACGUCUCGCAAAGCAGCCCAAGGCUUUCCAUGGUCUGACGGAGCUGCCCAUCACUGAAGCCGGCAUCCCGCCCACGUACAAGUACGUCGUCUCUCGACCGGGCAAGCAGACCAAGAAGAAGAAUGCUGGCAUCACAUCCGAGGCGCUCGAGGGUCAGACGCUGAGCAAAAAGCGGGUGCCCGGCUGGACUGACCGCAUUUUCUGGGCCUCGUCGCCCGGCAGAGAGCACAACGACUCGCACGGCGUUGAGGUCGAGUUCUAUCGCAGCAUCAUGCACUAUACCCAUUCGGACCACAAACCCAUCACUACGCUGCUCCGUCUGCCUCCCAGCGGCGAUUCUUCGUCAUCACUGCUGUCCUCUUUGAACCCGUACGAGCCGCUGCCUUCUACACAGAGACUGGCGCUUUCCGCCAGCGGAUUGGUGCUCGACAGACUUGUGGGUUAUGUUUGGAGUCUGCUUCUGCUGGCCGGCGGUGGAAGUCUGGCUGGAGGUCUCAUCGAGGUGUUUGUGAUUGGUGUUAUUACUGCAUGGUGGUUCUCACAGUCCAGGUCUUAG